CGCCCAGCCCACUCACUCCAGCCCAUUUUCUGCCGAGUGCGCUUGUGUUUGGUGCGAGAGCAGUGUGCCUGACGGUUCCUGAUCCGGCAGGGCUGGGGCUUUUUAGGGGCCCUUGUCGUCCACCCCCCACUAGUGGGGUGGUCUCUCUCCUUGUUGUUUUGUUUUGGUACUUUCCUCACUUACAGUCAAGGUUUUCUAAGAUGUCCAAGCGUACUAAGAAGGCCGGUAUCGUCGGUAAGUACGGCGCCCGUUACGGUGCUUCCAUCCGUAAGAUGAUCAAGAAGCAGGAGGUCACUCAGCACGCUAAGUACACUUGCUCUUUCUGCGGUAAGGACACCGUCUCCCGCUCUUGCGUCGGUAUCUGGAAGUGCUCCGCCUGCCGCAAGGUGAUCGCCGGUGGUGCCUACACCGUCGCCACCCCUGCUGCCUCCACCGUCCGCAGCUCCAUCCGCCGUAUUCGUGAGCUCCAGCAGUAAGAGUGUGUGGUUCCUCCCCUCCCGGGAGAGAGACGCCCUCUUUCUUGUUCCUUGUUAACGCUGAUUCACAGAAGCCCGAUGUGUCUGUGCUCUCCGGCGCACGCGGGGAAGCCUUCGAUCUAUUUUCGGAUACUUUGUUCGCCCUCAAAAUAGACUCACGGGCCCUCACAGGUCAACUCUACAGUUCCGCC